AUGUCCACUGCGGUCUGUGGGCGGUGUGAGAGCGAGAUUUCAAGGCGAGUCAACCAGCCAGUACGCCCCCUCCACGUGUACUCGCCUUAUCUCCCACCAGCCAGUGCGAUUGGCCAACUCCGCCUGUGUACUUUGCGGCGACGGCAACCGGCGAUGAAGCUCCUCGUGUCACCACCUCUGCCGUUGUUCCCCUCCUCCCCCUGCCGCCGUUCAGGCAAGGCUAUUAUCCAGAAGCAUUUCCAUGCGGUAGCAACACGAGAAUCUUGCAAUUGGGGGGAAGCCAACAGAACGGCGAUCUGCAGGGUUGCAGAGACCCAUGGCUCUGAACAAGUAAAGGGAAGGGAACCACUAAGGCGCGGCACGGUCAGUCCACGCCUCUCGGUGCCCGACCACAUCCGCCGACCGCCUUACGAUGGUACCGAUCGUCUCCCAGAUGUAAAUCCUGAUCGGCAAAUGCAUGACCGUGAGAGCAUCAUUCAUAUGAGAGCCGCAUGCGAGCUUGCUGCCCGAGUUCUUCAGUAUGCAGGAACAAUGGUGAAGCCCUCCGUGACGACAGAUGAAAUCGACAGAGCAGUUCAUCAGAUGAUCAUUGAUGCUGGUGCCUACCCUUCUCCCCUUGGAUACGGCGGGUUCCCGAAGAGCGUCUGCAUGUCAGUGAAUGAGUGCAUCUGCCAUGGAAUUCCUGACUCACACGUACUACGGGAUGGGGAUAUCAUCAACAUUGAUGUUACUGUCUACUUAAAUGGAUAUCAUGGUGACACCUCAAGAACAUAUCUGUGUGGGGAGGUCGAUGAACCUACUAAGCAGCUUGUAAAGUUCACUGAAGAGUGCAUGCUGAGGGGCAUAUCAGCCUGCAAACAUGGUGUUAGCUUUAAGGCAAUUGGAGAGAGAAUAAGCGAACAUGUGAACAAGUACGGCUACAGCGUCGAUCCCUUCAUCGGGCACGGAGUUGGGACGAUCUUCCAUUCAGAACCCAUCAUAUGGCACACCUAUGAUUAUGAGCCAGGAUUCAUGGUCGCAGGCCAGACAUUCACAAUCGAGCCUACCCUGUCCAUGGGGAGCACACGGUGCGAGGUGUGGGACGACGGCUGGACCGCCAUCACGGUGGAUGGCAGCCUCAACGCGCAGUUCGAGCAUACGGUGCUGGUUACCGUCAACGGCGUAGAGAUUCUCACAAAGUGUUAAGAGAGGGUGAAAGGUGGUGCGUCAGCUUACCGUUUGAGCGUAUGUUCACAAGCAGAGUUCAGCCCAUUGACGACCCGUCUCAUUGAAGAAAAGUUUUCUUUAGAGAAAAAAUUGAAGAAAAAGUUAUGUUUGAGGUCCCCUUGGAACUUACAAAUCAAAAAUUCAAAACAUGAGGACGUCAAGAUAGGUAAUAGUUAGUGACGGAGCUAAAUCUGGCAGACUAUGGGUAGGGGGUCCCAGUCUGAUAGUCUUGUUGGAUGGAAAAAGGAUACGAGGGGACAUCGGUGUCCUAGGUUCAAGCCCUCUCAAAGAUGCAAAAUCCUACGUCUUGCUUUUGUUGUAUUAAUUGUAGAUGGGAUUUAGAAUACAUGUGAACUACUGCGAGAUU